AUGCUCGUUGUCGUCGGCAGUUAUGAGCAAAUGCUGCUCGGAUAUAAUAUAAGCCAGGAAAAAGGCGGAUUCAAACACGACUCGGCAUUCACAGACCAUUCGCAUUCGGGUUGCAUCAAAACGAUCACUUCCUCCCCGCGAAUCCUGGCAUCUGGUUCCACCGACGAGAGAAUAUGCCUGUUUGAUAUUGAAGAAGGCAAGGAAGAGGGUAUUCUCUGCGGACACGAAGGCACAGUCACGAGAUUGGCCAUUUACAAAGAGCAUCUAAUCAGUGCUGCAGAAGAUGGAACGGUCAGAAUGUGGUCACUAGAAGAUUGGGAAGAAAUCAAAGCGCUAAAGCAUCCCUGUGCCGUGCGGGACUUUUCCGCCGACCCAAGCGGCAAAUUACUCCUGACGAUUGCAAACGACAAAACCCUCAGAGCCUGGGAUCUGACAAAGGGCCGCGCCGCCUUCACGAAAUCCUUCAGAGAGCAGCCAGAAAGAGUGCUCUGGGGACCAGAUGGAAAAAGAUACGCCCUUCAAACUGGGGCCAGUAGAUGCUUGAUUCAGACUCUGGAAGAGUCCAAAGAAAAGAUUCAGAUUGAUACAAAGGAUCGAAUCAUGGAAGUCAAGUUUUUCAGUGAGAACGAAGUAGCAAUCGGCCUCUCCAGCGGACGCGUCGAAAUCUGGAGAAUAGAAAAAGGCAACAACAACAGAGACGUCGGAGUCAAGCAGUCGGACUUCUCCGCCCACUCGACGAGAAUCAAGGGAAUGGACAUUUGCAGAGGGAUACUCUUUACCGGCGACUCCAGCGGUGUCGUCUCGGCCUGGAACGACAAGGGCGAGAAGAUGAUGCAGUUCGAAACGAAUGCUAGAAUCACGUGUUUGACCGUUUCAGGAAGCGGACUGAUCGAUUUCGCGGAAGUUCAAGUUUGA